AUGGUGGACGGCAUGGCGCGGUCUCGGUCCCGGUCGCCUCGACGUCAAGACCGCCCUGCGCUGGCAUGCGUGUUGUUCGGAGGUCCGGCAAGCGGCAAGACUUCCCUCGGGGACCGCCUGCAGGCGCGGCUACCUGGGUUUUGCCACAUCUCUUGUGGCGAUUUGGCCAGACUGGUGACGGAGCAUCAGGGCUCCCCACUUUUGAGAAACAUCGCCAAGCAGCUCGCAGAUCGGCGCCGCCGUAAAGUUGCCUUCGCCCGGCUGGUUGCUGUGGUGACUGGGGUCAUUGCGAAUGGCCUGAGCUCGACGGCGGGCAUCGGAGGAAUCAUUGUCAAUGGACUUCGUCCCGGAGACCUGCCAGCCUUUCAAAUAGCAGUGGGUGUCAAGUGCAUGGCGCUCAUCAAGCUGGACUGUCCAAAGGAAGUCAUGUUGGCUCGACUAAAAUCGCGGGAGCAGCGAGAGGGGGAUGCAAGGCUUGGCCUCGGCGACAUGGACGAUGCUCGCAGGGUGGAUGCCUAUCUGGAGCGGGAGGCAGCAGAAACUGAGAUUCUGGGGGCGGAGGCCGCCUUGAGGACCUUCUUCGCGCUGGACACCACCGCGCCCAUAGAGGACGUGGCGGCCGAGGCUUUGCGCCGUCUGAGCGCCUUCGCAGAGUCGCUGGGGGCCGCCGGUCAGGAGGCCCAGCGCGCAAUGCUCCUCGAGCAGGUUCCAGCGAUCGACUGGCCGGAUCAGAUCAGUCGAACCGCUGCUGCCCUGGACAGGGAGUUCCACCCAGAUGGGAAGCCGCGUCAGUCACCCUGA